AUGGUGACUGGCGUCGUUGAGGUAGGAGUGUCGAGGCGAGGGUCAGCUGGUGUCGGUUGGCACGACAACACAUCUGUAUCGGGUCACCGCGAUCCCUGCUCCAAGGCGAGGACGCCACGAGUCUGGGUUUUUUGGAUGGGCACUCUACCAAUCAACCAUUCAUUUAGUUGCAGUCCAGAACGGUUCCAGCUUCAUUCAACCUUUGGUCUUUCGCCUGUUUUCUCCUUUUCAGACGAUCACUUGGAACGCGACUUGGGCACCGUUGUGAGGCAGAUUGAGAACAAGAUUGAGGCUUUCGAACGCGACGGAGACAAGUUUGCGCAGGUGAGCCUGACAAACUGUCAUGUUUAG